AUGACGGCUGAAAAGGGCGACUUGGCCGCCACCUCGCCACAGGCGUCCGCUUCAGAAGAACUGACCGGCGAUGCCGGUAAUGAUGGAGAUCCGUCCUCGCAGGAGGAGGAGGCCGUCGCUGCCACUGACGUGCCCGGUGGUCCUGUGAGGCUGCCGCAGAAGCGGAUGUACCGGCAGCGUGCUCACUGCAAUCCCUGGUCCGAUCACACCUUCGACUACCCUGUCCGCCCAGACACAUUCGACUGGAGCGCCCUCUACGGCGGCGACUCUGACCGCCCCGUCACUAUUGUCGACGUAGGCUGUGGUUAUGGUGGUCUUCUGUUCCAGCUAGCCACAACCUUCCCAGAAUCUCGUUCUCUGGGUAUGGAAAUUCGCCUCAAGGUUGUCGACUAUGUCCAGGUAGGCGAGGCAACCUUUCUGUCAAUUCAGAAUUCCGUCUUGGCGACUAUUUCUGUUUCUACAACUCCCCAGUCAUUACGAUUCUUCUUGCUAAGCACCACAGCUUGAUCGAUCUUCGGUUCCCUGCUGACCGACAGCUUUAUCAGUCAGCCGUUUAAGUCACGUGAUUCACCAGUGACAGUUCUCGUUUAUGUAGCCGCAACCUCGUCACUUUCCAUGUUCUCCCCACAGACUUCUGUUCACCUUUUGCGCUGCAUCCCAAAUUUGCCUUCCUUUUUAGUCGAAGAUUAAAGCUCUGCGCCAGAAUCAUCCCGGAUCCUAUCAAAACAUUGCCUGUAUUCGGACAAAUGCUAUGAAGUACCUCCCCAAUUACAUCAAAAAGGUAACUUGCAUUUGCAGACUUAAUUGGAUGCCUUUUUUGAGUCAGCAGUCUCCUUUCGCACCCCUUCUUUUGUAUUUCAACUUCUCGACAUGAUCGGGCAUCAUUUUGUUGCAUCCAAGGUACCAAUUCAGAAGACGAAGAUGUGAUCAAUUGAAUAAGAAAUUUAUUUGCCUGACGUUUCGGAUUCUCCCUCGAAUCCAUCAUCAGAGACAUUCGCAGAUAAAGGUGAUGGUGGCACCAGGAGUGCAGUAUUUAUAGCACGUGGCUGCCGUGGGACCAUGUGCGCCCUGUAAUUAACAGCCUCGCAAUCACCACUGGGGUCGUAGCUGACGCGAUGGUGACUUGUCAGCCCACGUCCGAGUCGUUAAUUGCCGUGAUUUCGUUAUCAGUGCUGGAUGCUGGUGCGACGACUGCUCUGCAAAUUGGCUCACUGUCACUGGGAUUGUUGCUCACCCGCGCCCUCCCCACGUGACUGAUUCUCCUGCCCAGGGAAAAUCUCAGCACGGAAUAUGGUACCGGGAAGUCAAUUCGCUUGUUCAUGGAUUGCGAGCCUGAGAACCAUGACUCGAGCAGCUCGCGGCUCACGCGGUUGUCACCCCUUGCGAGGUUUUCGGCCUCUUGAAACUUGAAAAUAUGGCCGGGUCCCAUCGAAUGAGACUCCACCUGAGAGCUAGCGUCUCCCCGCCUCACUGCUGCUGCGUGCUCGGCAAUUCGCGUACGGAGUAAUCUCCCAGUUGCUUUGCCCACAACCGCACCAGAUCCAGUAAACGACUCCAGACGUUUCCUGCUGUGGCAGCGGGUCUUUUGGCCUCAUGACUUGGCGCCUAUUGGUUGCUUCUGCGACUGUCUCUGAUGAUGGGUUCGAGUGAGAAUCCGAAACGUCAGGCCAACAAGUUUCUUGUUCCACUGAUCACAUCUUCGUCUUCCAAACUGCUGCCUGGAACUCGCCUGUUCGCUUCUAUAAGGUAACAAUUUUACUCAGAAAAUUAACUUGGAUGCUUUUGUUGAGUCAGCAGUCUCCGUUCCCCCCCCCCCCUUUGUAAUUUGACUUCUCGACAUGAUUGGUCCCCACCCCAUGUUUAAAAUCCGCAUCAAUCCGGUCUAUUCCCCUUCAGGGGUCGCGGUCACAGGAUGCCCCGACUGUGACACUUCUGCUUGUCUCGGAAUUAUAGCAGAGACGACCUAAUUUGGUAGCCACCAGUGGGUCUAAAGAGGUACUUGCUGAAAAUUCUUGACAGCCAGAGAACCGUUGUUUGCAUGCUGCAAGGCGGUGGAAAUUUCCCAAGCAAACCUCCUCACGGCGCCUGUUCGAACUGCAGUCUAUAGGUGCAGGAGUGAGACUUGCGGGUGGUGAGGUAUUGGCGUCGUUCGCUUGAGCUUUUGGAUUCAUGCAUCACGCACGAAACAUCAACAGCAAGUUUUCGAUUAGCCUUAAAAUAGAGGGAUUUGUGCUGGCGGUCCUACCUAACAGUCUGCUGGCAGUUGACCCAGCAUCCUUCCCGCCAAUUAAUGUAACUUGUGCUCGGAGUGAGUAAUGUUUUAAGCAGUCUGCAGUUUUCCACGUCCUCUCUUGAUACGUGUCAUAAAGAUGCCCGAGCAUGGGGUGGCCGAUGACGGCCUUGUCUUUGUAGGUAGUUGGAUGUCCUGAAAAAAACUGAUAGAUCCCCUCACACUUCAGUUUAUCGCAAAGAAACCUGCUCAGAAGUCAUCCUACAUUUUAAGAGUAACCAUUUCGUCUCUCAAAAGAAGAUUACCGUCCAGAGCCUCCUAAACUGAGUCAAAGCACACUGCUCCGACAAAAAAGUUUUCAUGCAAAAAUGAAAUACCUCUUCAAAUUAUUUUCCCACAGCGGGUACCCGCGUGACUUUGUGCGCCAUUGCGUGAAACAUGUGGUUAAACAGAAAGGUAUUUCGAACACUACGGCCACUCAGGCACCAAAAACAUUCAACUGAUGGACUCUCUUAUACGUGAAAAAUGUAUCUGAACUCGUCGAAAGACAGCUGAAAAAACAUCAGAUACAAGUAACACACUAACCUGCAACAACCCUGUGUACACAGCUUAUACACCCUAAGGACAGGGCUGGCUAUCUCCAUAGAAAGGAUGUUGUCUACAAGAUCCCGUGCGCCAGUUGUAAUGCCGUCUAUUGUGGCCAGACCGGGAAAUCUGCCUCAACCCGCAUGCAUGAGCACCAGUUAACGGUGAAGAGACGAGAUCAUCUAUCCCAGGUGGCUAUGCACACACUGGACACGACACAAAUCUGCAUGGGAGAGCACUCGCGUUGUUGGCGCCUGCCUAAUAAGGAAAGUCCGCGAAAUCCUGUAGGCGAUGCACUCAGAUGAGGCAUGCCGAUGUAGAUGCUACGUACAAAUUUCUCAAGGACAAAUGAAAGUGAGCGCAGCCAAUGCCGAGGGGAUGACGAUAGACCAUUGAUGCGCAUUGGUGCAGGCUUCGGCCAACCACAGAAUCAGUUGUUUGACACGGUCAAGGUUAACUGUUUUUAUACAUUGCCCAGAAGUCUAGCGUUUUCCAUUUAUUUAUACAGUCUUAUUAUGGUUGAUCUACUAGGAUGGAGCGUGCACCACAGAACUGGAGCUGUUAAAUAUGCAUAGAAGUCAGUCCGCCCGAGUCAUUUUUAGAAGCCAACCGUCAGUUCGAAGUGUCUUGCCCGUUGACCACUUGUUUCCGCAAUCCCGGUCUUAGGAGAAGUCUCUCACGCUAUCCCCUCCCGCCCCCCUCAUUCUUUAGGGUCAGCUGGAGAAGAUGUUCUUUCUCUACCCGGAUCCGCACUUUAAACGGCAUAAGCACAAGUGGCGCAUCAUCUCCUGUGCCCUGCUCACCAUGUACGCCUAUCUGAUGAAGCCAGGUGGUCGCCUCUACACCGUCACCGACGUGCCCGAUCUCGCCGACUGGAUGGCGAGCAAACUGCGCGCCCAUCCACUUUUCCUCGAACGCCACCACCUGGUACUGCCCUCGCCGACGCAGACUGCGGCAUCCUGGGACAGCGCCGUGACUGUGGCCGCCGAAGCCGACCCCGCGGUCGCCCUGUUGUGCAGCGGCUGCUCCGAGGAGGCGAAAAAGGCCACCAGAGAGGGACGCGGUGCUACGGUCUCCGUUUUCGAACGCCUCCCCAACCCCGACUAG